AUGGACAGCGACGAGAUGAUAAAUGGUGAUGUGUUUUUGGCAGUGACUUCAGGUUUUUCAAAGAUGUAUGGUGGUGAAUUAUGUUCGGAUUGUGGUGGCAACGAUUAUGAGCAAGGAAAGAUCAAAGCAAGGAUUUUUAGAACCCCGGGUGUUACUUUCUGGAACUUGUCUAAAGGCUAUGCCAACUUGCAAGGUUUAACUGGGAGUGAAACUAAUGGACCCGUAUAA